GCAAUUUAUUUUGGAAUAAGCAUAUGGGGCUCGCCGACUCGCGACAUUAAGUAUAAUCAUUCUCGAAAAAGACGGCGUGUGUCCUUGGCUAAAUAAGGCCACGGCAAAACAAAGGAUGCAUGAGAAAGGAAGAAAAGAAAAGUAAAAGCUCAUACGCCAAUGUCCUGUAAUUAAAUCUCCUGAGAAGAAAAUAUAGGGUCUCAGAAUACACAUGAGAUCUACAUAAAACGAGAAACGAAGAGAGAAAUACAACAUACCUGCGUAUGAAGAUGCAAAAAGAAACGAGACCCAGAGAAGAAGAAAGAAAAAAAAUGAGUUUAUAGCAGAGGACGAAGAGAGAUGGAUUCGUUGAAAAGAAGGAAAGAAAGAAAGAGACGGACCUGGGCGAAGGCCCGACGAUGGAUGUGCGAUGCAUGGAGGUGACGGAGAAGGAGAACGGAGGUUGUCGCGCGUGACGCUCGAGCUCGGAGCGCGCUGUGACGCCAUGACGUAUCGACCGCGUUCACCACGCGCGCUGACGUCACGAUCACGGCCCGAGUCAGACUGGGAGCACGUGAACAGCACGCCCGCGAUCACGCGGUCGCGGCCUGACCGGAUUGCGCCGAUUGGCCCGCCGUCGACGAGCCCCUCGUCGAGAUUGGUCGCGCCCGCGCGUCCUGCGUGAUCACGCACCCGCGGCGCGGGCGCGGGUCGGCUCGCGUUCCCCGAGCUAGCGCCGACCUGAGAAAGCUUCAUUGCGCCGCGAGACGCCCGUCCGUUACGUACUGCGGAGACCUGGUCGCUCCACUUUUGCCAAAGAGGGCUCGGCGCUCGUUACGUGCUUUUCUUCUUUUCUUUCCUACUUUUCGAGCGGUGUAUCCCGGUUGUUUUUUUCCCCUUUCUCUCGGCUCGUCCUCGUGCGGUUCCUCGCCCUGUUUUCGUGGACAUGGACACGAACCAGGAGCCUCUCUCGCCGCCAGCCUCGCCCCAGCUGAAGCACAUGGAACCGCUGCAAUUAUCGUUUAGUGUUGCAGCUCUUCUGGGGGAGAAACUUUCAGAUGGGAAAUCCGGGCGAAAGAGUGAGGAGGAUGCGGGCUCCCACCCCCCAUUGCCGCCCACCCCUCAACCUUCCGACUCGGAGGAGGAUGAACCGCCCCGAAAACGGCGAUGCGUCGAACAAUGCGAGUUAGCGAAGUUGCUGCUAGACGGCACGCCACCACCGAGCCCAGAACCGGCCCGGGUCUCGGUAAUAAUGCGCGCCAAUCGGGACGGUACCUGUAGUCCGGCAAAUCUUGCGGGGAGUUCGGCGAUCAGCAGCCAACCGGUAUCACGUGACUCGCUUGCGCGACAGUCGCCCAGUUCGCGAGCGAACGUGCGACCGAGCGCGACAGAGCCGGUGCAGGACGUGCUUCGCAGUUUAAAGUUCAAGAUGAGUUUGCGUAAGGAGGAGAUCAUUGUCAACAGCAAGAAUACUGACCGCGAGAGCUGUCAACAGCAGCAGCAGCAGCUGCCAAGAUUGCAACCUCUGGCACCCAAACCAGCGCCUAUAGUGGUAGCUGGUCUGUUGGGCUCACCUCUAGUUUUACCGCGAACACCUCUUCUGCUGGUCGCCAGCGCGGCGCCAACCACGGCUACCGCAACCACCACGACGAUGAGCACAAGCGCGGUGGAGACGCGCCGUCGCGUUUACGAGUGCGAGCAUCCGGGCUGCGGUAAGAACUAUUUCAAGUCGUCGCAUCUGAAGGCUCAUACGCGCACUCACACGGGCGAACGACCGUUUCCGUGUCCCUACGAGGAUUGCAGUCGUCGCUUUUCUCGUAGUGACGAGCUGUCGCGGCAUAAACGUACACACACUGGCGAGAAGAAGUUUGCUUGCGUCGUUUGCCAGAGGCGAUUCAUGAGAAGCGAUCAUUUGGCGAAGCAUGUGAAGCGUCACGCCAGAGAUAAGACAUCAUCAUCUUCUAACGGUCAGAUUUCUGCCUCUCAGCCUUUGGCCUCGACGCCUCUGAGAGUGAGUCUGUUACCGGUGCUGGCACCACGACUAACGUCGCGAGCAGUUCAACAGUUUGUACCACCUCAGCUGGCAGCUUGAAGGAUGCACUCACGACUAUUUGAAAUCGUCUGAAAAUUAUAUUCUAUGGUCUUCGUGCGUCUUAAUCAUUCGCUAAACUGCGAGUGAAUGCUAAAGAAGACAACAAUUAAAGCCUCCAAUGGAUGUUUUAAUUAAAGUACAAAAUUGUACCCACAGGAUACGAAAGAUGAAGACUGUUUUUUGCUGAUAGAGCAAUACUACAUAAUUGAAAGCACGAACAUAACUCAGGGAUUGAUCUAUUGGCAUCAUCUGGUCAACUGAAAAGAUGUCUCUUAUGAAGAUAUGUAAAAUGAAUAUCUGUUGAACAAGAAUGAAAAGCGAAGUGAGCCGUACUUAAAGUAAAGGCACGAGACGAUAAGUCAUUAUGCAAAGGAUUUUGCUGUCGUUCGCAAACCGAGUACCUAAGUGUGUCUGUGAUCCAUGACGCGUGAAGGCUAGUACUGUUUAGUUGAGAGAAAUUUAUUAUCUCAGGAAACACUUGGGAAGUCAGGCUCAUAUUUCGCAACCUAUGUUCACCGUUAAAUGUGACCAUAUGUAUGUUUGUAGUUAAUACAAUAAAUGUGAUUGCCGUGUUAAAUAAAUAAAAUUCGUGGAUAUUAAGUAGAGUCACAUUUAAUGCUAAAUAUAUGAAAUAUAAAAACGGAUUUUUUUAAUUUCCAAGUAUCGUUUAAAACUCGAUUCUUCGCUGGUCGGAGAUUCUUUAUAGACAAUACAAAAGUCUAAAAGGCGCAGCAUAAAUAUAUCGAAAAGAUAUUUCGAAUAUAUUUUCUCGAAUAAUACUUGCCUUUCGAACUUUUGUAUUGUUUAACUUACUAUUGAAAGUUGUUUUCGAUAAAUAAAAUUCUGUAUCAAGUACGUUGAUCGAGAGAUAGAAAAGAUAUUUAUUUACGAAGAAACAAGACAUUUUAUAUAUAUGACGAUUAUAUAUAGACUUUUAAAAUAAUCGUUGACACAACUAUUAUUAUAUGUAUACAUUGUAAGUAUAAAUAACACAUAAAGACACUGAAAAUGUGCAAAACCAGGAAGAUCAUUCGUUGAUGAAUUGAAUUAAUUUUUAAAUAUUACGAUUAUAUAAUUAUUUUCUAUCCUCUUGAGUUACUUGAAAUGUUCUUUCCUCUUUCCAGAAUUUAUUUAAUGUUUUGUACCGCUUCUACACAAAAGAGUAAUUGUGUUGUAACUUGUAAGAUAUUCUAAGAUUGCGAAUGUAUAUAUGUAUAUGUAUCAUAUAACCAGGUAAAUUUUACUUGGGGACAUAAGACUGAAGAUAUAAGACUUCAGUGGAAAUGUUAAAAAUCAUAAAGAUUUUUCUACAAUCAAA